GGCGGGCGGCUGCGGGCCGCAGCGCGUGCGGCGGCCGUUGGGCCUCAGGAGGCGCGUGUGGUACUUCAGCUCGGCUGCGGGGCGCUGCGCGGGGGAUCUCGGCGUGCUCGGAGGAGCCGUGAAGGCGCCGGAGAAGUGCUGUGAGGCGGAUGGGUCGUGCAAAGAUAGAAGUCUUUUUCCCAUUUAACUGUUGCAGAACGAGCAAGUAUGCCCUGACCUGAGCUGCUUGUGCCGCGGAAAGGCUUUGAAGUUCCAUCAUGUCCGAAUCCAGGCCUUCAGGAAGGAGAAAAGCCCAAAUCGCUUUGUCAGCGAGUGGAAAGAAGACAAAAAAAGAAACGGUGAAGAAGGUGGAAGGUAAAGGAAUGCCCUCUAUACCUCCGCAAUCUUCCUCUAUUAUUUCGUUUUUCAACAACGUCCCCCCUGCCAAAGUUACCUGUCCCGUGUGUGGGCAGAUGGUGCCGAGGUACGGGAUAAACCAGCACAUGGAUGAGCUGUGCCAGAGCGGCUGCGCUGGGCUGGGUGCUGCUGGUGAUGGUGGUGCAGCUCUCCUUACUACCCAAAGUGUGCCAGGUGCAGCUGUGAGCAGCAGUUCCAGUCCGUAUUGCUCAGAGCUUUCACGUCUAAGAACAAGUCCUUCCCAAAGCAGUGUGCUGAAAGCAGAACGGAGGGCAGUGCAGCAGGUUAGUCCUUAUUUUAGCAACAAGGGUUCAGUCAGUGACGUUUGCACUGAGCCACUGGAGCAAACGGUUAAAGUCGUCUCUUUGGGAAGCUUGUCAUCUAAACUGUCCAGGAGACGUCGCAUCCAGAGAGGAAAACAGAUCGUGUAUAAAGAGAUGGACUCCUCACCUCUGGCUGCUCACAGUGUGGGCGAUGGUGCUGAUGAGAUCUGUGCUGGGCAUUGUUCUCAGAAAGAAAAUGAGCUUGUUCAGGGAGUGCACCCGGAACAAAAUCCCUCAGAGAAGAAGUCUGAAUUUCAAGCUGAAAUAAACGAAUGUAAUAAGGGAGAUCUUACAGAUGUUGUUCAGGUAUCACUACCGGCUGACAACGGCAGAAGAGUGCUAUUUGGUGCGAGGAACUGCAGAGCGGGAAGUAGAUCUAAAGGCGUGGUGCUCAGUCCCAGUAAUUCUCAAACACAUCUGGCUGUUGGUACCUCAGCAGAGCUGGACAGCAGUUCAGAGGUUAAGGCACAGCCUCAUGCUCAGUGUGUUCUGUCUUUAGAGGUGGAAGAGAACUGCGGUACACAAAGCUGCUUUAAUGACAGCGAUGAACAGGUACUUCCUGUGGAAGUUCUUGAAGACUUUAAUUAUGAGUUUAAUCAUAAUUUAUCAGAAACUGUGGAAAAGGUGGAGUCUCAAAAUUCCACUGGUGAUAUUUUAAGUAAAAUAAAUGAGGUUAGUUCUCCUGGUCACCCAUAUUACCUCCGAAACUUUUUAAUGGUGUUGCGAGCAGUGUUGGAGAAUGAAGAUGAUGUGACACUCUUUGAUGAGCAAGAUAUGAACGUUAUUACUCAGUUCUGCCAAUUAUCAGUUGGUGGGCAGAAGUUAUACGUGAGACUUUUUCAACGUAAGCUGAACUGGUUAAAAGUGAACAAAAUUGAGUAUGAAGAGAUAGCUAUGGAUUUGUCACCAAUCAUUGAAGAACUGGUUGAAGCCAGAUUUCUGCAAACAGAAUCUGAACUGGAAGACCUGUGUGAAGGUUUGGAUUUGCUUUCUGCCGCUGAACUAAAAUCUUUGGCAAAGAUCUUUCACUUGCCAAACCCAAAUGGUCAGAAACAACAACUUGUGGAUGAUUUCCUGAGGUUGGCAAAGCAACGUUCGGUCUUCAGCAGGAAUCAGGCUGGCGUCGGGACUGUUAUUUUAAAAAGGGCAAAGGAUCUGGCUGGAAGAUCAGUCAGAAUAUGUAAAGGCCCUCGAGCUGUCUUUUCUCGAAUCCUGCUGCUGUUUUCACUGACUGAGUCAGUGGAGGACGAAGAAGCUGGUAGUGCUGGUCAAGGCCAGCUCUUCACAGUUCUUAUGAUAAACAUGGGACGUAUGGUAUUCCCCAGUUACGCUGUAAAUAGAAAAACACAAGUCUUUCAGGACAGAGAAGAUCUUAUCAGGUAUGCAACUGCUGCUCACCUGUCAAACGAUAUAGCCACUGCAAUGGUAAAUGGGAACUGGGAAGAAGCUCAUCAUCUGUAUAUGUGUGCAAAAGAAACCUGGAACAAUCUGAAAAAUGACCCCUCCUUGAGCUGUCACAGAGCUCUACCCGAGUAUCUGCGACGUUUCACAGUUGGCUGGAAAUACACCAGGAUACUUUCUCAAGGUGUUGAAAUUUUGCAGAGACUUCACAUGUAUGAGGCAGCAGUGCAGGAGCUGCAGACGCUUUUGGCUCAGGAUGUGUAUUGUACUGACAGCAGAGGGCGGUGGUGGGAUCGCCUCGCUCUGAAUUUACAUCAGCACUUGAAAAACACCCAGCAGGCCGUUGACUGCAUUAGGAAUGGACUGGCUGACCCAUUUGUACGGACAGGGCACCGACUCGCUCUCUACCUGCGGGCCCAACGCAUCAGAGACUCACCGAGCUGCAGGCAGUUCAGGUGCCUAUUUCGUGAUUUGCCAGACAUAACUGUGGAGGAUGUGGCACAUGUUACAAUCAAGGGAAAGAUGUGUCCUCAAACAAAAUUGGGAAAAUCUGUGUUUCUAAUGGAGGAUAUCGGUGAUGAAGAAGAAGGAGGCAAAGACUGCAGUGUGUCCACAGUCAUGUGCUCAGUUGAGGAGCUUGCAUUAACUCAUUACAGACAGAAUGGUUUUGAUCAGGGUAUUCAUGGAGAGGGUUCAACAUUUAUUACACUAUACGGUAUUCUAAUGUGGGAUAUCAUUUUCAUGGAUGGCAUACCUGAUGUCUUCAGAAAUUCCUAUCAGAUGUUCCCCCUGGAUUUGUACACUGACUGCUUCUAUGAGAACAGGAGGGAUGCCAUUGAGGCCAGGCUCCAGCAGCUUCACAGAUCUUCCUUGGAGACUCUGGCAAACUUGAUUGCCGACAUCUGGACCACUCAGGAGGGAAAAGCAGCAGCACUGGUUAGCUGGGGACUUUUUAGUUCCCUCCAGCAGGCUCAGAGCCUCGUCUCUUGCCUUGGAGGAGUGUUUCUGAGUGGUGUUUUUAGGCGACUUUCCAAAGAUCUGCGCCAUUGCAGAGGGGGGCUUCCUGAUCUGGUUGUGUGGAGUACUCACAGCAAUCACUUCAAGCUGGUGGAAGUAAAAGGCCCCAACGAUCGCCUGUCCCACAAGCAGAUGAUCUGGCUGAGUGAGCUGAAGAAGCUGGGGGCUGCUGUAGAAGUUUGUCAUGUACAAGCAGUUGGAGCUAGGAGCAAACGCCUCAGUUGACAAAAGGUCUCUUAUCCACAUGGGUAACUUGGUUGUUUCUAAGGAUGGGACAUGCUACACGCUACCAGUUACUGCUUCUUAGUGCACAAAACAUCCUAAAGAAUAGUCUGAGAAAACUGUAUGAGUUACUGUCUGUCACUUGUGUUCAGCAGAAUAAAGCAUUUUCUUCUGUA